UUCUGUGGUUCGUCAAGAGCAUGCUCUUCAGCAGGGUGACUCUACUGUUGAUGACUUUUAUGCAUAGAGUUCUGCUAUCUGGCGCCAGCUUGAUUCUCUCCGCAGUGCUGGUUGUCGUACUUGCCCCUGCUGUCAGGCUGUUCAGGCCGAUUUGGAGUUUCAUCGCGUCUACGAGUUCCUGUCUCGGCUCCGUAAGGAGUUUGAGCCCCGGCGUGCUCAGUUGCUUGCUCGUGGCCGUAUUUCUCUCAUGGAGGCACUUUCAGAGAUUCGUGCUGAGGAGACUCGUCUACGUGGUGCUGGUUUGCUGGAGGUUCCCUCUAUGCUCGCUACUCGGGUUUCUUCCACUCCGCCGGCUGCACCGCCCCAUUCUCGCUCGAGUGCUCCGCCGCUCUUGCCCACUCCUUCUGGAGGCUCAGGUCGCCCCCGUUCACAUUGUGACUACUGCAACAAUGAUGGUCAUAUUGAGUCCCAGUGCUACACAAAGCGGAAACACCUGCGCAAGGCGCGAUCAUCCUCCUCAGGGACUUCGUCAUCUCCCUCGCCAGCUUCAGCCAUUGCUUUGACUGAACAGGAUAUUCUGAGACUUAAGCGUCUGCUCGCGGCUUCAGGUUCUUCCUCGACGGGUACUGCUGGUUCUGUGACUGAUGCUUCCCGCACUGAGCACCCGCCCUCUACACAGUCAGGAUCGUCGCACGCACACUCUGGUUGGGGCUGGCCCUCGCCGCCGUGAUUCUCAGGGUCUUUGGGAGUUGGACUGGCUUCAUGUUCCUUCCGCUGCCACCACCAUCGCCAGUCCCUCCGCUGCUGUCGCCUCUGUUACUGGUUCCUUCAAGCAGUGGCAUCAUCGACUUGGUCAUCUGUGUGGUUCUCGGUUAUCGUCUUUAGUUCGUCGAGGUCUUCUGGGGUCUGUCUCAGGAGAUGUCUCUUUAGAGUGUCAGGGUUGUCGUCUUGGCAAGCAGAUUCAGUUACCAUAUUCCCAUAGUGAGUCCGUGUCUAAGCGUCCUUUCGAUUUAGUCCAUUCUGAUGUAUGGGGUCCGGCUCCUUUCGCUUCGAAAGGUGGUCAUAAAUACUAUAUUAUUUUCAUCGAUGAUUUUUCUCGUUACACAUGGCUUUAUUUCAUGACUUCACGUAGUGAGGUGUUGUCUAUUUAUAAGCGUUUUGCUGCCAUGGUUCAUACUCAGUUCUCUUCACCCAUUCGUGUUUUUCGUGCUGACUCCGCUGGUGAGUAUAUCUCUAAGAUGUUGCGUGGUGUCCUUGCUGAGCAGGGUACUCUUGCCCAGUUCUCUUGUCCUAGUGCUCAUGCUUAGAAUGGCGUGUCUGAGCGCAAGCAUCGUCACCUUCUUGAGACGGCUCGUGCCAUGAUGAUCGCCGCCUCUCUUCCGCCUCAUUUUUGGGCCGAGGCUAUCUCCACUU